AUCUCCCAUUGCUACGUGUGUGAUCACGAAUUGGUGCGUGAAUACAUCACACACACGCUUGCAAUCGUAUAGCGCGUGCCUACCAAUCCUCUCGGAACUGUAAACCAUGAGCAUCCCGGCGGAGCGUACCUUCUUCUUGGUGCUGCUGCUGCUCGUGUUGGCAGCCGUUCAAUCAGCAGCGCAGCAAGGAAAAAGAUACAGCGUCAUGGAUUUCCAUGCUGCUGGGGAUGGCAGCACAGAUGAUGCAAAGGCGUUCGCGGCGACAUGGAACGCAACUUGCGGCGACAGCUGCAGUCCGACCAUGGUCAUCCCUGGAGGAAAGACGUUCUUGCUAAGCCAGAUCAUGUUGGAUGGACCCUGCAAGUCUCCUGUCAGCGUGGAGCUGGACGGGAAGAUCGUGGCGCCAAACUCCAUCUGGACGACGGCAGCAGCGAACCUCCUUACCUUCUACAGCGUAAACAACCUCACGGUGAACGGGAGCGGCCAGAUGGACGGUAACGGCGACAUCUGGUGGACUUGCUUCAACCAAAAGAAAUGCCAUGUCCGGCCAAUUUUGCUGGCAUUCGCAAGCUGCAACAACCUAUCCGUGAAGAACAUACACCUGAAGGACAGCCCCGACAAGCACAUGACCUUGUUCCGGUGCAGCCAGGUGCAGGUGAACAACGUGUCCGUCAGGGCGCCCGGCGACAGCCCUAACACGGACGGGAUCAACAUGGCCUUAUCCGACCACGUUUAUAUCUCGAAUUGCUCUAUCCAAACCGGAGAUGAUUGCGUGUCGAUCCUAUCUGGCACCAGUGAUGUUAUUGUCACUAACAGCACGUGUGGGCCUGGUCAUGGCAUCAGCGUGGGAAGCCUUGGAGGUGAUGGUACGACAUCACUUGUGGAAAGGAUUACAGUAUCCAACUGCAGCUUCUCCAAAACGUUGACUGGUGUGAGGAUCAAAUCGUGGCAGGGAGGCAAUGGCAAAGCAAAUGGGUUUGUUUUCGAGAACCUCAACAUGACUGAUGUCCAAUUUCCUAUUGACAUUGACCAGUUUUAUUGUCCCCGGGGAAAUUGUCCGCCACAGAAUAGCGCUGUGGCCAUAUCCGACGCCAAGUUCAUCAACAUCCAGGGGACAUCCUCCAACCCCGAAGCCAUCCAGAUUAUGUGCAGCCAGAGCGUGCAGUGCCGCGGCAUCUAUCUCGACAACGUUAACCUGACCUCCUCUAGUCGUACCGCCCAAACACGAGCCACUAUUUCAAAUGCCUACGGAACCGUUGGGGGCAUGGUGAAACCACAUGUACAGUUCCUGGGCGCUUGAUAAAGAGUACUCUCCGCUGCUUAACACACACAAUACGUCUAGAUAGGCAGACGAAGGAGCAGCACAAUGCUACUGUAGGUAGAUGAGUGCCAUGUAAGGAGUAGAGUACCCGCUAAAAUUAGAUGGAUUCUUCUAUAUUGAUGCUUGGUGCUAUCUCAUAUACAUAUUCUCGUGUCUAAAAGUUCUUACUGUAUGGUCAUAUAACAUGAUGCAAAGCAUCGAGGUGUCGGGGCAGAAAUUCAGAGUAUCUCAUUUAUUUUAA